CACCUCCCUCCUCCUUCAUCUCCCGGGCGAGUGAGCCCCAGCCCGAGCCCACUAGCCCGCUGCCAGGUGGCAGUCACGACUGUGCGGUCCCCGGCGAGGUGGCAGCAGGCGCGGCGGGGCGGGGCGCGCUCUCCCCUGCCCGCGGGAGUGCGGGGGAGGUGGGCAGGGCCAGGGCGGGGGCAAAGCCGGCGGAGGGCGCGUCUGCGCCUGGGCGAGCGAGGAUGGGAGUCCCCGGGACCCUGAACUGAGCCACCCAGCGCGCGGUGGAGAGGGCGCGCCGGAGGACGGCGAGCCUCGCUGUUCCUCCCGGAGCCCAACACCGUUCCCGCGCCGCCACAAUGAUCCCUCCGAGCGGCGCCCGCGAGGACGGCGUGGAUGGGCUGCCCAAGGAGGCGGCAAGCGCCGAGCAGCCACCGUCUCCUGCAUCCACCAGCAGCCAGGAAUCCAAGCUCCAGAAACUAAAACGAUCACUUUCUUUCAAGACCAAGAGUCUACGGAGCAAAAGUGCUGACAACUUCUUCCAGCGAACCAACAGCGACGUGAAGCUGCAAGCAGACAUGCUGGCCGAGGUCAGCCCCAGCUCCAGCCCGCUCCCUGCCCCUGGAAGCCUGACGUCCACGCCCACCAGGGCUGGCCUGCACCCAGGCAGUGGCAAGGCCCAUGCCUUUCAGGAAUACAUCUUCAAGAAGCCCACUUUCUGUGACGUCUGCAACCACAUGAUUGUGGGAACAAAUGCUAAGCAUGGACUGCGCUGCAAAGCCUGUAAGAUGAGCAUUCACCACAAGUGCACGGAUGGCCUUGCACCCCAGCGGUGCAUGGGCAAGCUGCCAAAGGGGUUUCGGCGUUACUACAGCUCCCCCUUGCUCAUUCACGAACAAUUUGGAUGCAUUAAAGAAGUUAUGCCCAUUGCCUGUGGCAAUAAGGUGGACCCUGUCUACGAGACCCUCCGCUUCGGCACCUCCCUGGCUCAGAGAACAAAGAAGAGCAGCUCCGGCAAUGGCUCUGAUUCACCUCACAGAACCUCUACUUCAGAUCUUGUGGAGGUUCCUGAAGAAACUGACGGGCCAGGAGGAGGGUACGACCUACGGAAACGCAGCAACAGCGUGUUUACGUAUCCAGAAAAUGGCACUGACGACUUCAGAGACCAAGCAAAGAACAUAAACCACCAGGGACUUCUUUCCAAAGACCCAUUACAGAUGAACACCUACGUUGCCUUGUAUAAAUUUGUACCACAGGAGAAUGAAGAUUUGGAAAUGAGACCGGGAGACAUGAUUACUCUUCUAGAGGACUCCAAUGAAGACUGGUGGAAAGGGAAAAUUCAAGACAGGAUUGGCUUCUUUCCAGCCAACUUUGUUCAGAGAGUACAACAAAAUGAGAAGAUUUUUAGAUGUGUUAGAACCUUCAUUGGGUGUAAGGAACAGGGGCAGAUAACACUGAAAGAGAACCAGAUCUGCCUGACUUCUGAAGAAGAACAAGAUGGCUUUAUCAGAGUCCUCAGUGGAAAGAAGAGAGGCCUCGUCCCCCUGGAUGUCCUAGAAAACGUCUGAUUGCUGGCCCCUCCUCCUCUUGCAAUAAGCAAGCUCUGCUGCAAUGCCUCAUCUCACACUGUGUCAACCAAGAGGAGCUGUCACACUGACCCAGCCACCCAGGAAACAGUGAGACAAGACUCAAGGGCCUGAGGCUGUGGAGAAAUAGCCACAAGACAGAGGGUCCAUUGCACAGCAUAUCCAGGCUGCCCAAGGUGGGGAUGUGGCUGAAAGAGUCUCUGGCCGAGCGAGAAUCCUACCUGGUGGCAGCAGCAGGGUGGUAACCACAGCUGUCUCCCAGGACUCAACUCCGUCCCUGCCCAUGUGGCCUAAGUUAACCUGCUGGAGUGGACUCCAGUUUGCAGUGUGGCCCCAGGGUGAGGUUCAGAUCCAUGUAGACAAAUGUGAUUCUGGUUCCAGACCUUUGUCCUCAGUACCAACCAAUGAGCAUCGUUACAUUUGAGACCCCAAGCAGUCUCUCUGUGAGCAUCAGGAAGUCAUACUUCCUAGUCCCCAACAUUCCAGGGCUCACCUCGGGGCCCCUCACUUUGUGUUUGUGCUGUCUCUUCUGUCCUCCGAAGAAAUCCUGGUGAUGUACAUUAGAUGUGAGAGCUAAGUUGAUGUGGUGACACUUUGCAGACCAACUGCAAAGACCUGGUCUGUCCAAAGGUGGCCGACAGGGAGUUCCCCCCUACUGCUCUAGUGACCAACAGAGGUGACAGAGCAGGACACAAGGCAUAGAGACAAAGGACAGAGUAGGGGUAAGGUUACUUACCCCGUUACUUAUUGAAGGAUAUACAGCCCUUUCAGUAAUGCAGUCCUUUUCCCAAGGAGAUGGAGCUGGGGAAGAGAGUGUGGCCCAAAGCCUCAGUGAUAUGUUUCACUUCCAUUUUAUAUCUUCUGUACUAGGGCCCGCAUUUUUCCCUCGUGCCAUCCUGCAGCACUCCCUCUUGUAGGCUGAGUCCACCUCCCAGAGAACCAGAAACCUGGAGGAGAACCAACAGCAUCUUAUGAGAAACGUAGCCAAAUUGCAAUCCAUUCUUCUUUAGGGCAGUAUAUUUUACCAUAGCAGAUGUAAAUGGGAAAGAAUCCUUUGUGCUUCAGCCUCUGAAAGCGGAGGAACUUGGGGCCUAUUUAGCGUUAACUAGGGGAGUCUCUAUUAUUCUGUACUUGUACUAAUGUUUACAAGAAUGCAAGAUACUGUGAUGCCUUUCUCCUUGUUCAAACUUGCAUCCUAUUAGUCUUUAAUGUGGUUAAACUUCAAUUCACUAUGACCUUGGAAUCAGUGUCACGAUGACCUUGGAAUCAGUGUCCGUUUGAUUUAUUUUGUUACAGAGCAAUAAACUCAUUAGAACAAUUGGUUUUUAAAAGACUUAAGUGGAUGCAUCCUGUGCAUGUGAGCACCAUUUCCCAAACCAAAGCAUCGUUAGUCUCGUUUAUUUCUUUUGUUGCUGCUCAGCAGGAAGUUGGGAGCUGGAAAGGGAUGGCUGCUGGUUUCACAGUAGUUUGGAUGCCUUACUCUCAUUUUAAAGCCAGCAUCUGAAUUUCCUCCCUCUCUGAUAUAAUGUGCAAAACUGAGUGUACAGAAUCAGAAGGAUUCUUUGAAAGCCACGGGGGAUACCAUGACAUGACUGCCGUUCUGUAAAACGGAAUGCCGGACUACAGAUGCUCUUUGCCUCUAAUUCAAUAUUCCAUUUAAUAAAAAAACAACACAGUGGCUGGAAGUAGCAUAGAAAAUAUGUGUUCCGAUUUCUUCUUCCUGGUGGAAUAUCCACUGAAGCUCUUAGGUACGGUGUUGUCACGUGCUAUGAAAAUUGAAUUUACAUUUUAAAAAAUCAGUUUGUCUGUUGCAGUUGAAUAGGGGGCGGCUGUGGGAGCCAGCCUCCAAGGGCCCCCAGUGAUCCCCGCCUCUGGAUAUUCUUGCCUGUGUGUAGCCCUCUGCCGUAUUGAAUCAGGGCUGGUCUUAUGUGACCAAUAGAAUACAGCAGAAGUGAUACCGCGUGACCUCUGAGGCUAGGUCAAAAGAGUCCUUGCAGCUUCUGCUUUGAUCUCUUGGAACACUGACCUUUGGAACCCUGAGUCACCACCACAUAAAUUGAUCUAUUCUGAAGCCACCAUGCAGGAGAGGCCCAGUAGAGAGACCACCCAUUUCUUCAGCUGACAUCACAGAGAAGCAGUGGGUCCUGCUGAGAACCCUGCCCAGGUUAUAGAUUUAUGAGCAAGAUAAAUAUGGUUCGGUUUCAUUUUUAAGUCACAAAGUUUUGGAGUGAUUUCUUAUACAGAAAUAGAUAACUGGAACAGGAACUUUGUCAUUUGAGCCAAUGGUAGAAAGGAGAAAAAAUAUUCUUUCUGCACAAUGAGACCCAAACAUUUUUGCAAACAUCAAGUGACCCUCCACAUGAAAGAUAUCUAGCGUGCCUUCAAGAUCUGGAGUCAUCCAGAUAUCAGAGAAAAAGGCAACUGUUCCUCAGAGCGCAAAUUGCCACAGAUGCUGAGAGAAAGAGAGAGAGAGAAACCAACCAUUUCUUCUCCUCCUGCCUGUCUACAGAAAUGGCAAGAAUGAGGAUAGUCUGACCUACUAAAGUCUUGAAGGUUUCUAAGACUCAAGAAAUGGCUGGAAGAAGGGCCACAGUUUCAGAAUGGGGAUGAGAUGAAGGCCUCUGGAGACAGACUCUGAUGAGGGGACAGAGAAGGAAAGUGCCAAUAUGAGAACAAAGGGGUCGGGUGGCACAGUGUCCAUGUGAGGGAGCAGCCUUGUACCCCCUCCCACCUGCCCCUGCCUCCAGCGGAGGGAUAGUGAAUAUGUAACUAAACCAGGGGAGCUGUGCCCGACACUUCACCACCAAGGCCGGAGGACUUGGAUUCUGUCAUGGUGAAUUUGAAAUAAAGAACUGUUUGAACCUUCCUCAGGGCUCCAGAAGGUGAAGAAUAGAACUUCUUUCACCUCCAUCACUAGCAGAUAUCUGAGGCACCGUUAGUGUGGGCAGUGGGGCUGCAAAGAGAGCCAAUGUGUAGAUGUCCAGGGGCUAAUAGUAAGGUGGAUUGCACAGACCACUUUUGCCCUCAACUCUACACACCACACACACACACACACACACACACACACACACACACACACACACUCCUCCAUCAAGAGGAAGAGUCAAGCAUCUGGGUUACAUAUUUAAAGCAAACCAGUGAGGUGGCACAUGGUAGGAGCUUAUUAGAGUUAAUCCUCUUUGCUAUUAGAGAGAAAAUUAAAAUCAGUGGGAAGAUCACAACAUAUGUAAAUAGCCUGGUGCCAAGUACCGGUAAAAGGCAAGAAAAACACCACAGAAGUCCAAAAGUUGGUCAGGUCACUGGCUGCUCCAAGGAGAAGAGAGCAAGGGAGGAAGUCUACUGGUCAACCCCAGCCUAGCGCCAGGCCCAGGCAGCUGUGAAAAAAAUGCUGUGUGCUUAAAUAGAAACUCAGAUUUUUAAAUGUGAACCAUACUUCUUCACUCUGGACUUCUCUAAGCCUUUAAUUUCCUAAUAUUCAUGGUGAAUCUGUAAAGGGGGGUUUAGAACCAGGAAACACCUAUGAACAUCAAUUAUAACAUUCCAAGGAACAUAGUUUGGAGGAUGCUGCAGUAGAGAAACUUCGUAUAAUAUUGUACCCCCCUAAUAGGUUUGAUGAGAUGAUACAAAAAAAUUCUGUCAUUAAAAUGUCUAUGAAAAACUAAAAAGCACAAAAUUGUACAAUUAUAGUAAAAACUAAGGCUGUAAGACAAUCUACUCUGGAAUCUGAGUCUGUAGGGAGUAGGAGAAAGUGGGAUCUGGGUCCCCAAGUUUCAGGAGGAAGAGAAGCUUUAUAUUGCUCUGAUACUGACCAGCAAGGCAUAGGCUGGUAUAAAUCUGGGAAUAAAAGAAGGUUCAGCAUUGCCCAAAAUAACAUCCCCAGAAAACUGAAUGAGCAGGUGUGUUCAACAGAUUGAUCCCAAAACAAAAACUUGUAAACAAUUCAAACAAAAAACUAAAACUAGUUUGAUGACAUCCUGUAAUUGCCUUUUAGAUUCUGCUCAGUUGCCAUUCUUUGUGUGUUUUGUACAACACCUGUAGUUUUUUACCCUUAUUUUUAUUUUUUUCUCAGUUUCCAAUAAGGAGUUUUAAAUAAUCCUCAAUCUUCCUGUGGGUAGUAGAAACUUUUAAAUAUACUUUGAAAUUUUAAGAUAAUAGCAAUUUAUUUUAUAUUCCUCUUUUAAAAUGAAAAAAUGGCAGAUUUUUUUUUUAUUAUCUCAUCAUCAAGUUUAAACAGCUACUGAAUAUCUUCCAUGUCUUCAUGGAAGUCAGGAUGUACUGACAUCCUGGAAAAGUAUAUACCCUGGAAAAGUACAAUACCUAUUUCCAAGAAGAAUGGUAGAUCAUUUUUAGAUUUCCUCCACUGGCCUCAUUUACUCGGCCUCUCAGAUUACUCGCCUAAUCCCAUUUUUUUCUAUGCAUGAAAAUAUUUUUCUUUGUCUAACUUCUCCUUUUAAACCAGGUUUUUGAAAAUUAUGUGCUUAAUUCAUUUACUUUCAUUCUUUUUAAGGGUAAAAAAAUCAUCCAAGGUUAUGACCUUUCUUCUGAGUUCAGCUUUGACCAUAUUAAAGUGUUCCUAUUUUUGUUCAUUUCUAAAUACUCUGUAAUUACUGUUUUGAUUUUUCUCUUAGAUUUGUGUGUGUGUGUG